UCAUUUUCACGUUCAUGCCGGGACACCCGCUCUAAAAACCCCUCAGCCCUCGCCAUUCUCAACCAUCAGGCAGGGAUCGCGGUGUCAGCAAGGACAUGCGCGAAUACGAUAUCGUCGUUCUUGGCUCUGGCGGUGUUGGAAAGUCUGCUCUAACUGUGCGGUUUGUAAAUGACUCUUUCCUUGAACAUUACAACCCCACGAUUGAAGAGCAAUAUUGCCGGGAGAUUGUCGUCGAUGGCGAGAACAUUGCUCUCGAGAUCCUCGAUACCGCAGGGGCUGAGCAAUUUCAGGCCCUAAAUGAAGUUUACAUUACGUCUGGCCAUGGGUUCCUUCUCGUCUUUAGCUUAACUCACGAUGCGAGCCUUCAUGAAUUAGAGAACAUCCGUCAACAAAUUCUACAUAUCAAGAGCGGCGAACAUGGCAUACCGAUUAUUCUUGUCGGAACGAAGGCGGAUUUGUAUAACGAGCGAGAAGUUACCCGUCAGGCUGUCCAUGAGCUUGCGUCAUCUUGGAAGAUACCGUUCUAUGAGACCUCUGCGAAGAAGAAUUGGAACAUUCAAGAGGUUUUUCAAGACUUGACUAAGCGGAUGAGGGCGCGUUACCCUGACGCGCCGCCGAAAAGACGUCGCAAGAAAGAAUGUAACAUCAUGUGACCGUCUACUGCUACCCGACCGAUUGUUUUGCCUCCAUGCCUGCGGAUAUCCACUUUAGCAACCUAAAGUCUUGACUUCGCCCUUCAUUUCACCCGCCGUUCGUUCAUCGUUGCUACUGCCGCGUUGUUUUGUUCUUUAUGCUAUAUCUAUGCUACUUCAUGUUGGUAUUAUGCGUGUAACC